AUGCCCUCUUGAGUCACCACUCAGGCCCCCAACGAUGAAGGUAACACCAGGGCUGGGCUGAGGACAACAUACCUGAGGCAUGGCUCCAGCGCUCUGAUUCCUGGCCCCAGCCAUGCUGCUGAGGGCAAGUGGCCCAAGCUUACCAUCGCCCUCCACCCUCAGUGGCCAGCCUGAGCACUGCCCAGCAAGGUUUAAUUAUCUCCAGCCUCCAGGAUGGCAAUCCAGUUGCGCUCACUCUUCCCCUUGGCGUUGCCUGGGAUGCUGGCACUCCUCGGCUGGUGGUGGUUUUUCUCUCGUAAAAAAGAGCAAGUCAGCAGCCAUGAUAGGCAGGCAGAGGCUGGUGCUGUGGAGCUGAGGGCUGACCCUGCCAUCCAGGAGCCACUCCCCAUGGAAGAGGCCUGUCCCAGAGUUGUGUCCACAUCCCCCAGUGUCACUCUGCCGCCGGAAAAGGAACUGAGUAAACCUGUGGAGCCCCCAGCCUUGCUGCGGACGCACCCAACCAGGCGUCGAUCAGAGUCCUCGGGCAGCCUUCCGAACGCCACAGAUGCCAGAUCGCAGCCAGGAACCUGCAAAGGUGACGGUGCAAAGGUGGAACUCGCCCUAAUGGGUGAUGAGGCCAAAUCGAUUCCUCCAGAAUGUCCUCUUCCAUCCCCAAAGGGUGUGCAGUUCCCCCAUGAAGCAGCUGAGGUGUGUAAACGGGAGUCCGUUCUCAGCAAGGCACCUGGGAAGGGCUGGCCUGACCAAUCUAUGGCCUCCACAGAAAAGCAUGGGCCUGGGGAGAGGGCCAGAGAAACAGGUGGGACCGAAGGGACCGGUGAUGCAGUGUUGGGGGAAAAUGUUCUGGAAGAAGGCCUGCUGUCUCACGAGCACGUCUCCGAGUUGGAGAGCUGCAAGGCCCCCGGCCUGGCCCCCUUAGGAGGAGGCGGGGAGAAGGGGAAGAGCAGCCUGCCCCAGGUGCUUGUGCCCCUGGAAAAGGAAGAAUGCGCAGCAGGGAAGUUGUUAAGUAGCUUCGUGGAGUCAGCUCCCAUGGAGCUGGGCAAGGAUGAUGAGAUGCCAGCAUCCCGGGUCAGAGGUGGCAAAGUCUGGGACAGAGACCUCAUGGGAGAACUGGGCAAAGAGGAGACUGAGGAUAAAAAUGAGAAGAUUGAGCAGGCUGCCUUCCAGAUAAUCUCCCAAGUGAUCUUGGAAGCAACUGAAGAGGUGCUGGCCACCACGGUGGGCAAGAUUGCAGAUCGCAUUUAUCAGGCCUCGGCCGCUCAGCUCCAGGGGCAAAAGGACGAGGGCUGUGCUCCUGUCAGCCAGAAAACUGUCCUAGGGCAAGAGGCUGCAGAGCCCACCCUGGCCUCAGUGGAGGCAGCUGCCGAACCAUCAGACACUGCGUUGCCCUUGCCAGGCCUGCCAGCUGAAGACUUGCCAACCCCAAAGACCUAUGUGAGCUGCCUGAGCAGCCCUCUGUCCAGCCCCAGCAAGGAUGGCAAGCCAAAGAACUCUGCACACCACAUCUCCCUGGCCCCCUGCCCAGCACUGGCUGCCUCCCUGGGAGGGGUGCAGGAUGAUGCCUGCAUCCUGGUGGAAGAUACUGUGUGUGACACCUGCAUGUCGGAUGAUGGCCAGGGCUGUUCAGUGGCUUCAGUGACUUCUUCGGGGCAGUGCUCAGAGUCUGUCAGCACUUCUGGGCUCGGAGACUCUUGCACAGAGACCACCUCCAGCCCCAGGGACAAAGCCAUCACCCCACCGCUGAAAGAAAGUACUGUGCCCUUCAGCAAUGGGGUGCUGAAGGGGGAGUUGUCAGACUUGGGGGCUGAGGAUGGAUGGACCAUGGAUGCAGAAGCAGAUCAUUCGGGAGGUUCUGACGGGAACAGCAUGGAUUCAGCUGAUAGCUGCUGCAGCCUCCAGAGGACUGACAGUUCGCACAACGCCCAGGCAGGCUGCAACCCUAACAAAGUUGACCUCAUCGUCUGGGAGAUCGAGGUGCCAAAGCACUUAGUUGGCCGACUAAUUGGCAAGCAGGGGCGUUAUGUGAGUUUCCUGAAGCAAACAUCUGGUGCCAAAAUCUACAUCUCCACCCUGCCCUACACCCAGAACAUCCAGAUCUGCCACAUAGAAGGUUCUCAGCAUCAUGUUGACAAAGCAUUGAACUUGAUUGGAAAGAAGUUCAAGGAACUGAACCUCACCAAUAUCUACGCUCCCCCAUUGCCUUCUCUUGCACUACCUUCUCUACCAGUGACGUCUUGGCUCAUGCUGCCUGAUGGCGUCACUGUGGAGGUCAUCGUGGUCAACCAGGUCAACGCGGGGCACCUGUUUGUGCAGCAGCACACACACCCUACUUUCCAUGCACUGCGCAGUCUGGACCAGCAGAUGUACCUCUGCUACUCUCAGCCUGGGAUCCCUACCCUGCCCACCCCAGUGGAAAUAACAGUCAUCUGUGCGGCCCCGGGCCUGGAUGGGGCCUGGUGGCGAGCCCAGGUGGUCGCCUCCUACGAGGAGACCAAUGAAGUCGAGAUUCGCUACGUGGACUAUGGUGGCUAUAAGAGAGUGAAAGUGGACGUGCUCCGGCAAAUCAGGUCUGACUUUGUGACCCUGCCAUUCCAGGGAGCAGAAGUCCUUCUGGACAGCGUGAUGCCCCUGUCAGAUGAUGACCAUUUUUCACCUGAAGCAGAUGCAGCUAUGAGUGAGAUGACAGGAAAUACAGCACUGCUGGCUCAGGUGACAAGUUAUAGUCCAACUGGCCUUCCGCUGAUCCAGCUCUGGAGCGUGGCUGGAGAUGAGGUGGUGUUGAUAAACCGGUCGCUGGUGGAGCGAGGCCUUGCUCAGUGGGUGGACAGCUACUACGCAAACCUUUGACCCUGGGCCCCUACAGCCCUCUCUUGAGUCUUUUUUGCACUGUUAAAUUGGGCUUGGCCCUCAAGGCAAAGGUUUAACAUCAGAAUAAUAAUUCUUGUCCUCCAGAAAGUCCUUUUCUCCCUCCCCUCCUGUAGUCCUGUUGGGAAGAUGUUUAGUCUGAGAAGAAAGGGUGGAAGUGUGGGUGCUGUGCGAAGCCAUGGAGUGAUGUGUAACAAGCCAGUUGUCUUAGCCUGGCUGUAAGCUGUUUGGGGGAAAAACAAACAAAAAAGGGAGAAAAGUCGUCUUAUCCAAGUUGUCAGCCCACCCUGCCCCUGCCCCUAUUCCAUUACCCCUUUCCUCCUUCCCCUCUUCUUCCCCACCACAAGCCAGACAGGCCACAGCAAGCUGGCCAAGGCUUUGUGUGUUGCUUGCUUGAUAGGAUUUCUUCUACUUCUCAAUCUUUCUUCAGGGAGCAAGAUGUGAACUGACGGUUGGGUAUCAAUUACUUGUACAGCUCACAUAAAUUAAUUGAUGGCAUCACCAGUUUUUAUACACUUUUUCUAGGGCACUAGGUACCCAGACUUUUUAAAAUGCAGUCAUCAGUGUGAAGUGCCGGUCAUGGCUCCAGCCUUGAUCACUGAGGGGUGGGCAACCAAUAUCUUGCCAAGCCUGAUUGUCAUUUAUAACCAUUUUCUAUUUGUGCAAACUCUGUAAAUAUGUUUAAAAAAGUGUAAUAUUUUGUACGCGAUACACUGGAGAACAAAGGGAACACAAGACUUUCCCAUAUGGUGUCAUCUGGAAGUGCAAGUUAAUUCUGUGGGGUGCAGCUGCCCAUCCUGGCUCCUCCAGCCAGGGCUGCCCUGGCUUCCUGCACACUGGAGGGGGUGACUGUAGUGGGGACAGACAGUCCUCUGGGGAUUUCUUGCUGUAUAAACUUGUUAAAAAAAAAAAAAAAAGAUUCAUUGAUAACAUUGCAGUGUGGUGUGUUCAAUUCUUUUUUAGACUGGCAGUGUUGUGAAAAUAAAUGACUUGAAUAACUUAAA